CCCUUCCAUGUCCGCAACCCAACAACACUCCCUCCACCUCUCCACGCCCGCCACACUCUCUUCUGGCCAGCCAUGGCCAUGGAUGGAUAAGCUUGUCCCGGACAAGAACCUCAAAUCCCCUCACCCGCGUCACACCAUCGGGCUCCACGUUCCACGAGGUUUCCAUCCAUCUAACCCUCGUCGACAUACACUGAGCUCGUCCACUAUCCCUUCCAAUGUCGCUGCUGGCACACGGGAGUGAGGAGAACAGCCGCGCGGCCGUCUCCGUGGCCGGCGGCGGCAGCUCGGCGGCGGCCUCCCCGGCUGGGUCCUCUGAGGACGGCGGGGCUGGCGAGUGGUGCCGCAUAUACGACCGGAUCGAGGCGCUGCUGCCGCGUGUCGAGGCGCUCGCCGGCGACCGCGCGCGCUUGGAGGAAAUCGCCGAGCUGUCGGAAGCCCGCGAGAAGAGCCUCCAUGCCCGCCUCCUCCAGGUGUUCCCCUUGAUCUGCGGAGGCCAGCAGGAUGCGCUGGAAGAGGGAGUACAUCGAGCUGCCGCUCUUGGCGAACCCCAUGAUACCUACCGCGCGGCCGUCUCCGUGGCCGGCGGCGGCAGCUCGGCGGCGGCCUCCCCGGCUGGAUCCUCUGAGGACGGCGGGGCUGGCGAGUGGUGCCGCAUUUAUGACCGGAUCGAGGCGCUGCUGCUGCGUGUCGAGGCGCUCGCCGGCGACCGCGUGCGCUUGGAGGAAAUAGCCGAGCUGUCGGAAGCCCGCGAGAAGAGCCUCCAUGCCCGCCUCCUCCAGGCGGAGGCCAGCAGGAUGCGCUGGAAGAGGGAGUACAUCGAGCUGCCGCUCUUGGCGAACCCCAUGAUACCUAAACUCAAAGAGAUCGACUUGAAGGACCGCGGAACGUGUGAAGAUGCUGAUAACUCGGAACUCAAGGAAGCUAGAACUUGUGUAGAGCUAAGGCAAAACAAUGAGAAUCAUGAGGGUGUUGCAGGGGAUUUAAGAGCAGAACUAAGAAAACUGAAGCAAGCUUACGAGGCUGUCUGCUUACACAAGGAUUCCUUGGUUAAGGAGAAAGACGAUGAAAUCCAAAAACUCAAAAAUGAGGCUGGUCAAAAGCGCCGAAAUACAGCCGAUGAUGUGCAUCAUGAACAGUGCACGAUGCAGAUCUUUGUCACGAUCCUUAAUCGCAAGACCAUCACUCUCGAGGUCAACGGGUUAGACACGAUCUGUGAUGUCAAGGCUAAGAUUGAAGACAAGGAGUGCGUCCCUCCAGUCCUACAGAGACUCAUGUUUGGUGAUAGGCUGUUGGUGGACAGCCGCACCAUUGAGUCCUACUACAUUCAGAGGGAAUCCACCCUCACCCUUCACCUUGUCCUCCAAGGGAUGCAUAUAGUUGUCAGCGCGCUUGAUGUUGAGAGAGCAGAUACCGUGAAGGCAAAGUUACUCGAGGAGACUCUUGAUGUUGAGAGAGCAGAUACCAUAUACAGUGUGAAGGCAAAGAUAUUCGAGGAGACUCUUGAUGUUGAGAGAGCAGAUACCAUAUACAGUGUGAAGGCAAAGAUAUUCGAUGAAACUGGCAUUGUCCCAGCUGAUCAGCACCUUGAGUUUGGUGGGAAGAAUCUGGAGGAGCGCCGCACCUUGACUGACUAUGGCAUAAAAAAUGAUUCUACACUUAAUGUCGUGUAUAAUGCGUGGGUUGAUAAGAUACACAUCUCAGUCAGGGCACCAACUGGCAGGACCGUCAUCGAACAUUUUGCUAUGCGGUGGGAGACCAUCGGCAGUCUCAAGGCGAAGAUACAUGCUGAGUUGCGUGUUCCCCCGGAGCAGCAGUGCCUCUUCUUGCGUGGAAAGCUGCUGCAGAACGGCGGCACCUUGCAGUUCUACCGUAUAGAGCCAACCUCGUGGCCAUGCAUCCUCCUUCUGCAGCUCCGCCUUCCUGGUCGCCGGACCAUCGCAACACUAGGACCAGCAUAGCCGAUGUAAGCUAUAGCUGCCGCUUCGCCCUGUUUCCGCCAGAUUUUCACAAGUGGUGCUGUGAUGGUGAAUGUUGGGACGAUCCAUGCUACGGUGCCCACCAGGAGUGCCUCGACAUUUGCAAAUGCCCCAAUUAACCCAGGAGGGAAAGUCAUGUAAGAUUUAUGAACAGACCUGUGUUUGGUGGGAAUGCACGUAGUGGUACUUGAUAUCUUAACAAAUGUGAAGCCUAAGAUGUCAACAUUUUUCUGGAGUUGAAUGUAUGCUGAUGCUGACCUUUCAUUCUCUACAAUGGAUCCUAUUCUGACAA